AUGGAGUUGUAAAAGAAUGGGGGUGGGGCGAAGAAGGAAGGCAAAGGCGGGCCCAGCAGGAAAAGGCUGGUUUCUAGGGUAUUUUCCUUCUGUAAGCGUGCUUUAUUACUGGCAUAGGCACCUGAAGUAACGCGCCAUUCAAACACAACCCAAGGAAAUGAACGAUCAUAUGCAAUGAGUAUAAGGAAAAUGGAAAAAAUGAAGAAAUGAGUCACACCUUCUUGCAAGAGGAGGAGCCUUCUGAGAGUUCACUGCAUGAAUCACGUGUUUCUACAACAGAGACCAGCAAUCUGUUGGAGGAAGACUCAAAAUAUGAAAUGUCCCAAGAAUUAAGCCUGGAAGAAGAAUCAAGUUCAACAAAGGGCUUACGGAAUGUUGUGAUUCGAAAACCUGCAAAAGUGAUUUUUGAUGUAGAUGAAACUAAACUAGAAUCAAAGCUACAGCAACCAUGGAAAGACAAUCUUUUUCAAAGAGUGGAAACAAGAGCCCGAGAAAUGCAGCAGAAAAUAAUAGAUAAGGAUAAUCUGAAGAAGGAAUUACAAAAAAAGGCUGAAAAAAAACUACCUAAGGAUAAUUUGGCUCAAGAGUGGUUUAAUACUGAAAGCAUGACACUGACUACCCGUGCAUAUUUGCUUGACAAAGUCCUACCUACCUUGGUUCCUGGAGUGGAAAAAAUGUUAAUGCAAUUAGAAAAGAAGAAUAUUUUGUCAACAGCUGAUAUUCCAUCCAAGUUUGAUCCAAUUAAUUAUUUGGGAGAAUACUUAAUGAGAAACAAUCCUUCUUACAUUAAAGAACCAGGAAUUUCUGGUUACCAGAGAGUAAUGAAAGAUGUCACAGAAGACCUGAAGAUACAUGUUCCUGAUACUGUGUAUAACAGAGUAUCCAAAAUGAAGGAGAAUAUUGAAAAGAAAAGAGAGCAAAGAGAACACAUACACACAGUCAAAGCCAAGGUAGUCAACAUGCGGAAACAGGCUGUGGAGGAACAGUUCAAAGAAUGGAUUCUAGACCCCAAAGGGAAAAUCCCCACGACAGUGAUACAGAAUGCUCUUCGUGAUUUUUUUCAGAAGGGAGAGUCUGACCUUGAAUUAGAAUCACGCUGCAAAGAAUUGACUAUUAAUUAUUCAAUGGAACCAGGAUUGAACAAAUUGGAAUUUACAGAAUUCAUCAGUUCAUAUGUUGCAGACUUGAAAAGUGAAAAAUUUGAGGAACUCCUUAAACACCUUUGCCACUAUGCAGAUGAAUUUCGGGAGGUCAUAAAAGCUGACAUGAGGAGACAGAUGUUUGCUGAACUCUUCUUGUAUUGUGACUACGGAAAGAUAGAGUGUUUGGAUCGACAGAGGACAUUGGCUUUGCUGGAAGUGUUUUAUGACCAAAGUCCACAAUCAUAUAGAAGCUUACUCCGAAACCCCAGACAAUGGCCAUUCCUUGAAUUUGAAGAAAUAGACUUUACUGAAUUCUGGGGAGACAUGGAUAGUCAGAAACAUAUUUAUGAAGGUUUUGAUAAGGUGCUCUUAGAAAUGAAUGCAUUGCUUGCUCAAAAAGAAGCUGCAAAAGCUCAAAGUAAAUUACUAGAAAAUCUCAAAGAUCAGCAAAAAGAUGACGAAACUGGAAAAUCACCACCAGGAGAGCAGAGUGAGAUGGAUACAGAACCUGGGUCACUAGGAAUUUCAGCGGAAGAACAAGGGAAAGAGCCAACUGCAAAGCAAGACUUUUCCACAGAGUCAACUCCAGAACAAGGAGGCCCUACCAGGGUAACUCCAGAACAAGGAGUCCACACAGAGUCAACUCCAGAAGAAGAAAGCUCUGCAGAACAAAAACUAAAUAAAGAGUUAGAUGAGCAAAGACCCCACAAAGGAUCAAUUGUUGGGAAAGGACAACGCAAAGGGUCAAGAGCAGGAUUACGAAGAAUGUCGUCUGUAGGGCAAGGCUCACACAGAGGGUCCAUUGCAGAACAAAGGCAGAGCAGAGGAUCAAUCUCCCAGCAAGGGUCCUACAGAGACUCAAUAGACCAAGAACAACAUCCAGAGUCAAUUGCAGAUCAAGAGUCAGAUAGAGAACCAAUAUCGGAACAAGAAUCCCAUAGACAGUCCAUUAUAGAGCAAGAGUCAACUCGAGAGUCAAUUUCAGAGCAGGAGUCACCUCGAGAAUCAAUUUCAGAGCAAAAAUCACGCCGGGAAUCCUUUUCAGAAGGACAACGCAGACGGUCGAUAUCACGACAAAGAGCCCGCAAACUAUCAACUUCAGAACAAGGAUCACGAAGAGGAUCGAUGUUAGAACAAGGGCAACACAGAGGUUCAGUAACAGAAGAUCAGCGCAAAGGGUCGAUAUCAGGACAAAGAAUACACAGAAUGUCACUUACAGAAUAUGAACCAGAGUCAAUAAUAGAAGAGUCAGAACAAGAACCAGCGAUUCCUGAAAAUGCAUUACGACCAGAGAUUGCUUUGGGGGACAUAGAUGAAGAAGCAGUUGGUAGGUCUGCAGUGGCCCCACAGAAUGGAAAAGAUCUUGUUGCAGAAUCUUCAAGAGCUAGCAUUCAGAAAGACAAAGCCUGUGAACCAAAAUCCCAGAAAAUAGAAGGAAAGUCAUGGAAAGGUGAAUUUUUUACCUGUAACUGGAAGUCAAAGUAUGUCAAAUUUGAAGAUGAGGAGCAGGCAAACUUAAUCUAUGCGAACUCCAGGUUCACAGAGCUACAUUCAAUUAUCAGAAAUAUUCUAUCCUACAAGGAAGUAAAAGGCAGGAGUACCUUCAAUGGAGUUUCUUUAAAUCUGAUCCAGUUUGUGCAACUUCUGGAGACAUUUGUUGGAGAAGAUACCCUGCUGAAUGUCAGUGAGAGUCUUGUCUCUUUUUUUAAGAAGAACUAUGUAGAAACAGAAGAAGAGAAAAUCAAUACCUUAGAACAGAUUAGGAACAAUGCUUCUCGAGUCCGACAAGGACUUCUUCUAGAAGCACUCUUUCAGAAGUGGGACAGUAAUUGCUCAGGAUUUCUGGAUCUGAAGGAAGUUGAUGAACUCUUGUACACAUACAAGGAGGGAAUGGAAAAAGAAUCUAUGAAGAAAGCUAAACUACACAUCCAGUUUCCAGAAUCACAUCCUGAUCAAGAGGUGAAGUUGUCUUUAAAACAAUUUCAGAAAUACAUAGAAUUAGUUGUCUCUGAGCUCACAGGCAAUGAAGAUGAAGUUCUGGAAAGUGUUGUGGAAUUCCUCAUGGAUAAUUUAGAGAGAAACCAUAUGGAAGGUCUGAGGAAUUUUGCAAGACAGAAAUGGCUACAUCAAAUCCAGUUUGCCGCAGAGACAAGCGGAGUAUCCCUGGAGCCUGUGUACACUGAGACCUUUAAAGUCCUCACACAGGAUGCUGAAGCCCAUGGAAAUAAGAAGAUCAGUGCUCACAUUUCCCUCUUAGAAGAAAAUGUGCUACUGCCAUCUAGAGGGAAGGUUCUCUUGAGGAAUGUGGCUUGUACCCUAGAUGAUGCUCCAUUUGUACUGAACAAAGUGCUCUACCGGGACAUGAAGGGAAUCAGCUUUACAGUAGUGGAUGAAGGCAUACCAAUCCAUGUGCCUCAAGUUCAGUAUCAUGGGAAUAUCUUCUUCUGGAACAAUGCCCGCAAAAAGGAUGAUUAUAAUGGGUCCUUCCUGGCUCUGCCUCUUCAAGAUGUCCAUAUGAGGAUCUUUGGAGUCUUGGCUAUUGAUACUCUUAGAGAUCCUAAUGAAAUAAACAUCUUCCUUCCUCAUGAGAUCAAGUUCUAUCAAGGUGUGGCCAAUGCCUUUAGCACUGCCUAUCACUACGUCCACAGCAGGGAGCACAUCUUGCACACUGUCAUCACUGGCAUCCGCUGGCUCUAUAACCUCACAUUUGGCAUCACCUCCAUCACUACAUACUUUGUUGAGCCUAGCCCAGACCAGGAGUCAGACUAUGUUUUACGCAAUAUGAUGGUUGUACCAUACAAGGGUCUAACAGAAAUCCACACAAGCCCCCCUACCGUCUCCAGGAAGUCCUGCAUCUUCAGAGAUUUCCUCUUUAAGUGUACAGAUAGUUCAGAAGUUAUAUUGGCCUCUGCCUGUGGAGAAACUCACAUAGUAAUUCCACUUCGUGACAAAACAGGAGAGGCUCUAGGAAUCCUUGAUGUUAAUAUCGGCAAGAUGAGGAUGAUAUUUUUUCAAGAAUAUAAAGAUCUACAGAAAAUGACAAAGAUGAUCCAAAUUGCCUGCUAUGAACUACUAGAUGAAUUAACUGGCGAUACACAGAAAAACCUCAUCUUAGAGAUGGAAAGCUUAGGGGAAGUACAGCGGGCAGGAAUUCUGUUCUUCCGGAUCAUGCUGCAGGAGUUGCAGCAUUGCCUGCAACAAAUCAGUUCCAUGAACUUUGUGUCGCUGAUGCUCUAUGAUCAUGGCUCUCAGCCAGAGUUCACCCUUCCUCAGGACAAGUCCCAUAUGUGGGACACCUGGGUAGACAUAGUACAAGACAUCCUGAGAGGAGUGAUCUUAUUCUUUCAUCCAGAGUUGGAAUUGUCACAGGACUUUGCAGAGUGGGAUAUCUGUAAAUUGUAUGUUAACCAAUAUUUAGUUGAGAGAAUUUGUGCCUUUGAUCCAACUUCUAGCCAUGAAGAAAUCAUUACACAGACGAUUGAUGAAUAUAUUAAAGGUCAUUCUCGUACCCAAGUAUGGGAAUUUGGUAAUAUUGUCAUUGAGCUCCUAUACCACUGGAUUCACAUCUGUUUUGUUCUCAUAGACCUGAAGGAAAAAGCAAAUGAUGGCAUUAUACCUCCUUUGCCCUCCAGGGGUGAAAAACAUACAAAUUCAGAAAUUCCAGAGACUAGUUAAUGGACAUGGUACUGUAUUUAGGAUACUUUACCUAAGGAGAAAUUUUAUGUAAAGUAAUCACUUAAGGUCACCAUAACCAGUAAUAUAUUUAAGUAUGUUCUAGAAUAUAUUUUGAAAGUUCUCUUUUAGUUUAAGCUAUCUGCCAUGAAAUGAUUUGGUGAAUAGGAUGGUUUGCUUUCAUGAAAGUCCAAAGUAAAGGAAGAUGGGAGUAUUUGGUGGGGGAAAAUGGCAACUUUAUGUUAAAAGAGUACCAAAUAAUAAAGAUUUUAA